GCGGGAGGAGCUGGUUACCAUGGCAGCCGCUAACAACAACACACACCCACUCUCAGCUCCAGGCAAUCUCCUGACUUCAGUUACUGCAAGGAUUUGCUGGAGACCUUUUAGUGCCUUUCUGCACCUCCAAGAUGUAGAUAAAGAAGUCACCAGAUGGCUGAUGGGACUGAGAUCCAUCAAGCAGCCGCUCUCGGAGAUUACGAUUUGGUAUUUGAGAUCCUGAAGAAAGGUCUGCAUGACCCUAACUGCAAAGACAUUGACUGGAAUGACAGGACUGCCCUGCACUGGGCAGCUUCCAGAGGACAGUCCGACACCGUGAAGCUGCUAAUUGAUUACGGUGCGCGGCCCUGUCUAAGGACGGACAUUGGCUGGACUCCUGCACAUUUCGCGGCAGAAUCGGGAAAGCUCGGCGUUCUCCGCACCCUCCAUUCCCUUCAUGCACCCAUUGAUUCAACAGACCUACAGGGGGACACCCCCCGCCGGAUAGCAGAGAUGUACGGCCACAAAGACUGUGUCAAGUUUCUGGAGACGGCGGAGGUGGAAUGCAGAGAUUACCGACUUGAUGCAGAUCUUAAAGGAGAACCCUUGGACGAGUUGGAUGAGGACUGGGAAGCCAAGAAGUCAGAGUUCCUCAGCAAUAAAAUAAGAGCACAUGAAACUAAGCAGGAAAACGUUCCCUUCAGGCACAAAGCAGAAAUCCGGCCGAUAGAUACAUCUGGGCACAGAAAGACAAACAAGUAACAAAAGCAGAUUACUGCUAAACAGAGACACCCACCGGGUACGGAAAUCUGCUUUGGUGGUGAACCUGGAUGGUGCGCCCGGUACAUCUCACACAGUGCGCGCCUACUACCCCGGUACUGGAAUAUGCCGCAGCCAAUGAAUUGCGCGCAUUGUGCAGCAGCAGUGUAACAUCACGCCAAGCCUCCUGCCACAUUACCGCCUCCCAUUUUUUAUUAAAAUAAAUAGUUUUGUCUUCUCCUAAAA